GGGGGAGAGGUAGGGACGCGCGAGGGGGGGCAGCGCGGGGAGGGAGCGCGCGGGCGAGCGGAGGGGAGCGCCCUCCCCUCGCCGCCAGUCCUCCGCUUCCCCUCUCGCCGGCUCCCGCGUCCGGGCGCGACCCGCCGCCGCCGCCCCCGCCGCCGCCGCCGCCGCCGCCGCCGCCGCCGCCGCCACCGCUCCUGCCGCCGCCGCGCCCUCCAGCAUGCCCGGCGUGGCCCGCCUGCCGCUGCCGCUCCUGCUCUGGCUGCUGCUGCUGCCGCGCCCGGGCCGGCCGCUGGACUUGGCCGACUACACCUAUGACCUGGGGGAGGAGGACGACUCGGAGCCCGUCGGCUACAAAGACCCCUGCAAGGCGGCUGCCUUCCUUGGGGACAUCGCCCUGGAUGAGGAGGACCUGAGGGCCUUCCAGGCACAGCAGGCUGCAGAUCUCAGGCAGCGGGCAACGCACAGGUCUUCCAUCAAAACUGCAGGAAAUUCUUCUACCUUCGACUGCCAGAGCUCCAGUGGGCAGCUGCAGAGGAGAAGCCGUGGGAGAUGGAGAGGCAGGUCCCGGAGCCGGCGGGCAGCAACAUCCAGACCAGAGCGUGUGUGGCCCGAUGGGGUCAUCCCCUUUGUCAUUGGGGGAAACUUCACUGGCAGCCAGAGGGCAGUCUUCCGGCAAGCCAUGAGGCACUGGGAGAAGCAUACCUGUGUCACCUUCCUGGAGCGCACUGACGAGGACAGCUAUAUUGUAUUCACCUAUAGACCCUGCGGGUGCUGCUCCUACGUGGGUCGCCGUGGCGGGGGCCCACAGGCCAUCUCAAUCGGCAAGAACUGUGACAAGUUCGGCAUCGUUGUCCACGAACUGGGCCAUGUCAUCGGCUUCUGGCACGAGCACACGCGGCCAGACCGGGACCGCCACGUCUCCAUCGUGCGCGAAAACAUCCAGCCAGGGCAGGAGUAUAACUUCUUGAAGAUGGAGCUCCAGGAGGUGGAGUCCCUGGGGGAGACCUAUGAUUUUGACAGUAUCAUGCACUAUGCCCGGAACACGUUCUCCAGGGGCAUCUUCCUGGACACCAUUGUUCCCAAGUACGAGGUCAAUGGGGUGAAACCUCCCAUCGGUCAAAGGACCCGGCUCAGCAAGGGGGACAUCGCCCAGGCCCGCAAGCUCUACAAGUGCCCAGCCUGCGGAGAGACCCUACAAGACAGCACAGGCAACUUCUCCUCCCCUGAGUACCCCAAUGGCUACUCCGCCCACAUGCACUGCGUAUGGCGCAUCUCAGUCACACCUGGGGAGAAGAUCAUCCUGAACUUCACGUCCAUGGAUCUGUAUCGCAGCCGUCUGUGCUGGUACGACUACGUGGAGGUCCGGGAUGGCUUCUGGAGGAAGGCGCCCCUCCGAGGCCGCUUCUGUGGGGGCAAAAUACCCGAGCCUAUUGUCUCCACCGACAGCCGCCUCUGGGUGGAGUUCCGCAGCAGCAGCAACUGGGUCGGAAAGGGCUUCUUUGCCGUCUAUGAAGCCAUCUGUGGGGGAGAUGUGAAGAAGGACAAUGGCCACAUCCAGUCGCCCAAUUACCCUGACGAUUACCGGCCCAGCAAAGUCUGCAUCUGGCGGAUCCAGGUGUCUGAAGGCUUCCACGUGGGCCUCACCUUCCAGUCCUUCGAGAUCGAGCGCCACGACAGCUGUGCCUAUGACUACCUGGAGGUGCGUGACGGGCACAGUGAGAGCAGCACCCUCAUCGGACGCUACUGUGGCUACGAGAAGCCUGAUGACAUCAAGAGCACAUCCAGCCGCCUCUGGCUCAAAUUUGUCUCUGACGGAUCCAUUAACAAAGCCGGCUUUGCUGUCAACUUCUUCAAAGAGGUGGAUGAGUGCUCGCGGCCCAACCGCGGGGGCUGCGAGCAGCGGUGUCUCAACACGUUGGGCAGCUAUAAGUGUAGCUGUGACCCCGGGUACGAGCUAGCUCCGGACAAGCGCCGCUGUGAGGCUGCCUGUGGUGGCUUCCUCACCAAGCUCAAUGGCUCCAUCACCAGCCCCGGCUGGCCCAAGGAGUACCCCCCUAACAAAAACUGCAUCUGGCAAUUGGUGGCCCCCACCCAGUACCGGAUCUCCCUGCAAUUCGACUUCUUCGAGACCGAGGGCAAUGACGUGUGCAAGUAUGACUUCGUGGAAGUACGCAGUGGGCUCACAGCCGACUCCAAGCUACAUGGCAAGUUCUGCGGCUCCGAGAAGCCCGAGGUCAUCACCUCCCAGUACAACAACAUGCGCGUGGAGUUCAAGUCCGACAACACAGUCUCCAAGAAGGGCUUCAAGGCCCACUUCUUCUCAGACAAGGACGAGUGCUCCAAGGACAACGGCGGCUGCCAGCAAGACUGCGUCAACACGUUCGGCAGCUACGAGUGUCAGUGUCGCAGCGGCUUCGUCCUCCACGACAACAAGCACGACUGCAAGGAAGCUGGCUGUGACCACAAGGUGACAUCCACUAGCGGCACCAUCACCAGCCCCAACUGGCCUGACAAAUAUCCCAGCAAGAAGGAGUGCACCUGGGCUAUCUCCAGCACCCCCGGCCACCGGGUCAAGCUGACCUUCGUGGAGAUGGACAUCGAGUCCCAGCCCGAGUGUGCCUAUGACCAUCUGGAGGUGUAUGACGGGCGUGACGCCAAGGCCCCUGUCCUGGGCCGCUUCUGUGGGAGCAAGAAGCCCGAGCCGGUCCUGGCCACAGGCAGCCGCAUGUUCCUGCGCUUCUACUCGGACAACUCCGUCCAGAGGAAGGGCUUCCAGGCGUCCCACUCCACAGAGUGCGGAGGCCAGGUGCGGGCAGAGGUGAAGACAAAGGAUCUUUACUCCCAUGCCCAGUUUGGUGACAACAACUACCCCGGGGGGGUGGACUGCGAGUGGGUCAUCGUGGCAGAGGAAGGCUAUGGCGUGGAGCUGGUGUUCCAGACCUUCGAGGUGGAGGAGGAGACAGACUGUGGCUACGACUACAUGGAGCUCUUCGAUGGCUAUGACGGCACAGCCCCCAGACUGGGGCGCUACUGCGGCUCAGGGGUACCCUUCUUGGCGGGAGGCCAGCUGGUCCCAAAGCCCUUGGUGCUACUGUCCGAGCAGAUGCGGGACACUGCUUCUUGGUCCAUAAAAAUGGCACUUUCAGAGGCAGUGGGCAAAAGUUUGCUCCAUGGGAUUUUAACCGAGGUCACGGGAAACCACAAAGCCUCCUGAGGAGGUGUACUCGGCGGGAGAUUCUGUCCUGGUGAAAUUCCACUCAGAUGACACCAUCACCAAAAAAGGCUUUCACCUGCGGUACACCAGCACCAAGUUCCAGGACACACUGCACAGCAGAAAAUGACCCGUGCCCUCAUGGGGGGGGAGGAGGGUUGGGGACGGGAGGCCUGCUGCCCUCAGUCACCUGGACCGCACAGUGGGAGGUGGGCAGGAGGUGGGCACCUCGUCCCCCGGGCGCCGGGACCUGCGGGCCGACGGUCCAGGCGAGGUUGUCCUCAGGAGGCAGGGGAACUGGACUCCUUCACGAUCCCUUCCUCCUUGCCCCCACCAGAGCAAGGGGGCCAGGGCCGGGAGCCAGAGCCUUCACCGAGACACUUGAAGUAGCCAUUGCUCUCUGGGGGCCUGGCCUGCUGGGGAGAGCAUCUGUCAGCAGGCCCGCCCAGCUUCCCUGCCCUCCCCACACGCUGUGUUGUGUAUUGCUGGUGGCAUAUCUUCAUUGUCACGUACAUUCCCCACCCCUUCUCCAACCUCCGUUUGGUUGUUUUAAGCCCCCAGUUCCCCCACUUCCUGGGGCCGGAGUUUCCAUAUGAGUCCCACGGGAGCCACAGUGGGGAGAUGCAGGGGAGGGGGUGGGGGAAUGAGACAGAGCUUGUCUCGGGCCCAGCGGCUGGUCUGCCACACCAGGGCACCCCAGCCAAUAAACGGGAAGUGUUACAGCGAGUAUCUCGUGCCAGAUGCU